AUGACACUGCAAACUAGGGCGCAGAUAGCGGAAGCAAACCCGUGCUACUUGUGCCGCAAGAUUGUUUAUUUGGAACGCGUUGCGAGUACCGGACAAAUACCAGCUCUCAUGGCAGCGCUUCGUGAGUUUCUUGGGCUGCACGAAUGUGCGUUCCCUGAGUGGAAGGAAUACGUCCGAGAUAAUAGUGUCCUCCCAAUCCUCAAGGAUCGUUCGGCCACCAACGUCAUCGAUUUGGUUUCUCGUUGUUUAAAGAAACUGAAUAAUUGGGUGUUCGACGACAGUUGCAACAGAAACAUUCACACGCUGGAACUGAUCGAGUACAUCAUCAGGAAUGAUCUGGAAAUGGAAUGCGACUUAGCGCCGAUCAUCAAUCCUCUAAAGAGAUUCGCCGGCCUCACGACCGCACAGAAACUAGAGGAAUCCGGCCUCACAUUCGAGUACCACCGGCAACUUGUGCGAGAAAUUGAACGACCCGGGGAGGACUUCGACAAUACGACUCCGUGGACGGACAUCGAGAACCUGUGGCGCACUGUGGAAUGA